UGCGACAGUAUCGCGAGCAUAGGUGAACCGAAAGCAUCACCUGGGCCGCAAUGCGCUUUUUGUACCUGCGGACACAUGCAGGAAGUCGAUCAUGCGAAGUUUACCGGUCGACGCUCAACAUACGAUAGUCUAAACAUACGUUAUAUACGUUUCCCGUUCGUCGAGUAAAACGCGCAUUUGUGACGGUCUUAUCGGCGACGUGCGUUUGAUGUGCAGCAAGUCGGUGUCGUUUUUUUUCUCAUCUCGCGCCCGUCCGCUGUUCGAUCGUUCGUAACGACAAACAUGUUCAAGACGCCGGACAAAGAGGUUGGUGUAACUUUUCUACGGCAUAAUAUCUUGGUGAUAAGAUCGAGCAUGAAGUGGUUUCAUAAAAACAGCGAAGAUGCUGCACCUCGAUUGCUUAGUCUUUCGCCAAUUAGAAACUAUGAUUCAGGUGAUCCUGAUUACUCAGCUGAGAGAUACUACCAGAUACCACCAGGUCCAAGGAGGUCUAGAUUAGACGCCUCUCCACUGAGAUUGGAAAGGUCGGAGUAUAGUCGAGAUGUAAACUGUUACAAUAUCCGGGACCGUACGAUUGUGAUGCAAAGCGCGCGCAACAAACAAGCUAAAGAAAAACGAAACCCACUCUUAGACCAAGUCAAGCAUACCGGUCUUACGCAUUUCAAACCCAACUCGACGGUUAGACAUAAUCACGAGGAUAGAAGAACGUAUGCCGCAGGCGUUCAGUGCAACAACGUUAGUGAUGACGUUGAUGACAGUGACGAUGAAGAUAUUUCAACGAUAUCUGGCCGACUGAGAGCUAUUUCCGAUAAAUACCUGAAAUCAUCUACACACAGAUUUUUGGCGAAAUUGUAUAAAAAUCCGUCCGUUAAAAAUGAUAAGCCUACGGAAACUGGAGAGUCAAACACGAACGAAAAGAAAACGAACAAGGUUAAGUUAAGAAGUUUUUCUCAUGGUGCAUUACCGGGUUUAGACGAAUUUCGAAAGAGAAUCGCUGAAACGCCGUUAGAAAAAACAACCUGCUCGCCCGAAGACGAUGAUAGUGGCAUACUGUUAAAUGAUCCUCCAGUUGAAACACUUAAUGGAACUUCAGAAACUGUUACUCAAGAUUACUGUUUUCGUAGCGCUUCUCAAUAUGGCAUUAAACGACAUUACGCAUUUAGUCUACCACCUUCUAAUCAAUCACCGACCAUAUUACAACCGAGUGCCAGUGAAAAUAAAGAGGAAUACAAAAUGGUGCAGUUGAAUAGGGAUUAUCCGGAACAGGUUCUAGGUGUUCGGAUUAAAGAGAUACGGUCUGGAAACCGUUUUGGUUAUGUGGUCGUUAAUAUCGUAUCAGGAGGAGUGGCCGACCGAACCAGCGAUCUGGAGGUGGGCGACGAGAUCGUGAAUGUGAACGGCCGUCGGCUGGCAGGUCUGGAUGCUACCGAAGCCAACCGGUUGCUGAACGACGGACGCACCGCGGUGAAGCUGCUGGCGGUGACCAAACGGAACCGCGGAGCCGACGGUAAGCCUUGGAAGAUGCCGGAAACGUCGGUGGACCACGACCACAACUCUGGUACCACCGUCGCCGCCGUGUCUCCGCCCGUGCAGAAGUACAACAAGAACGGGCAGACGGUGGUGUACAUCACGCCGCCUCCGCCGCCGCAGCCCUCGCAAAAGCCACCGGACGUUGUCAAGAGUAGCAACGUGUCCACGGUGUAUCUGAAGGGCAGCUGCGACGGGACGAGGUUCGCGGGUGAAGACACGGAUUGCACGACGUUUUGCACGUUACCGAGACGGCCCCGGUCGACGUUCUGCACGUUCCAUACGUUCGUGCUGGAAAAGGGCCCCGGCAAGAAGGGUCUGGGAUUCACGAUCGUCGGCGGCAAGGAUUCACCGAAGGGAGCGAUGGGCAUUUUCAUCAAGAGCGUACUGGAGUACGGGCAAGCAGCGGAAGACGGCCGACUGAAACCAGGAGACGAGAUAUUAGCAGUAAACGGCAACGUUUGUCACGAUUUAACUCACUCAGAAGCCAUAUCCUUGUUUAAAUCGUUUAAAAGUGGUUCUAUUGUACUUCACAUCUGCCGGAGAUCUAAGUCGUCAAAUAGAACCACCAAAGCCAAGUCGUGUACGAAUCUGUUGAACGAUGACAACGCGGGUUCGGAAUGAUCGUCAGAGAUGUUUUGGUUUAGUUUUUAAGGUUCCAAUCGCGUUGUUACACAGUCUAGUCCUUAUGGCGUCAUUUAGAAAAAUUGUGAUGUUCUUACGGAUUACCGAAACCGAAUGAUGUUGCAACGAAAUACGUUUAUACACCUAAACCACGCCAUAUGUAAAUAAGUCUAUUUUCUCAUGUUUCGUGAUAAUCGAAUACCUAUUAUAUAUAUAUAUAUGUACCUAUACCUAGCCAUAAUAAUAAUGUAUGCCUAAUGCUUAGGAGAAAAAAAAAUGUACCGAUACCAAUUAAUGGAUAUUGCGUUAUUAAUUCGGUUAUUGUUCAGUUCCUCUACACAUACUUAUUACACAAUUGUUAAAUGAUCACGUGUCUGUAAAUUGUCAACAAUUGUUUAUCGAGUAAAAAUUAUUUGUUCUACAAUAAUAGUGCGUAACGAUGAUAUAAUAUUGUUUUUGUGAUGUUAAACAUCUCAUAUGUUAUUAUUGUAAAUCUUUUGAAAAUCACCGUAACGCGGUACUUUAUUUACGAUUAUUCAUUGUUUUUGUUCCGUAUAUUGUUGAAUAAAAUAUUCGUGUGUUAAUGGUAACAAGGCAUUGAAAUGUAUUGAUAUUGAUCGUGUUCCGUUGAUGUCAACAAUAUUAAUUUGUUGCAUGAACUGCAUCAGAAGGCUGUUUCACCGAUUACAUUACACGGUUUCGAAACCGCCGGACGGCCAACAAUACGCAUUAGCGACAACAAUUAAUAUGCAUUUCACCUGUAUCGAGCUGCCCACGUCGUCCCGCCGAAACGAAUAGUAUUCCGUUAAACCGUCGAAA